AUGCCAUCAUGUCGAUCCUUUCCGAUCCCUCUUUCCCGUCCGUCCUUACAAUUGGCGGCUUUCCUCACCAAACCGCCUUGUCACCGAACAUUCCUCAACUCCGCCUUCGCUCCACCGCCUCAACGCGUCCAUGAGUCCCGUACACUGCCUUAUCCUCCGAACGAUAUCUAUAACAUAGUAGCCGAUGUCUCUCGCUACUCUAAGUUCGUGCCUUACUGCAAAUCCUCCGUCGUGACGCGCUUGUCUGCCCCCGACGCGAUCUCUGGAAAGCAGUGGCCGUCCGAAGCGACUCUCGUGGUAGGAUGGGGUGCGGUGGAAGAGAGCUUCACCAGCCGGGUAUAUUGUGCUCCGGGAUCGGUUGUCGAGGCGGUGGCCGGAAUGUCACAGAGCAGACUAAAACCGGAGGAGAUUGCGCAUCAUCUUAAGGAUGGGCACGAUGCAGAUGAGACGAAUGGGAACUCGAUAUUCCGGCUAUUAUCAACCAGGUGGACAGUGGAGGCUCUGCAGAAUCGAGGGAUGGAUCGGACGCUGGUGACAUUGAGCAUUGAGUUCGCGUUCAACAACCCUCUGUACACGGCAAUGUCGCUGCCGGUAAUACCAAAAGUUGCAAGUGUCAUGAUCGACGCAUUCCAGGAAAGAGUCGAUACGCUCUUGGGUGACUCGUCAUAA